AUGGUUUCCAAAACGCGAAAGCGCUCGCGUACUAUUGUAGAGGGCGAGCGCGCCGACUGCCCUUUCCAACUUCACAAUUCCUCGUUCCCGGCGGCACGCAUAAAGACGAACGAAAAGCCCUCGAAGAAUAAGACUAAGCCUGGCAAGAAGAACAAGAAUGUGAACACCAGUGAGGAGGUGACGUUGCUUCAAUCUUCACUGUUUGAGCCGACCGGCAAAUUUCGCCCCGACACGACAAUGGGCGUUUACUACCACAUAGAACCAGGAAAGGACUGGACCAGCAUGACGCGAUACCAUAGCUUCAUUCUGAACAAAGAGAAAUAUCUAAGUGGCGAAUUUGUCUUUGUGGGCAAUGAUAAUUGGCGUCGGCCGUACUAUGGCAAGAACGAAAUCAUUGUCUCGAAUCAUCUGGAUAUUAUCAAUGUUUUGAGCAUAGUCCACCGUGCUAAGGUCAGCCAAUGGAUCGAGGCGGACGACGAGGAAAUCCCGGAUGGCUUGUAUUGGCGCCAGGCGUUGGACUGUGGCACAUCACAGCUGUCUGCUAUUGCUCUCAUUUGCAGAUGUCGAACACCCGCCCACCCUGACAAGACGCUAGUCGGCUGCACGAACAGCGACUGCGGAGAGUGGAUACACAUUGGCUGUUUGCGCGAGGACGUUUUGAAUCGAGUACACGACCGCUUAUGCGCCGACCAGCCGCAUGUAGCUGCAGUGAAGAUGCAUGGGACUGGAGUAAAAACGGUUAUGUAA